AUGUGGAACACCUCUGAUGCCAAUUUCUCCUGCUACCAUGAGUCUGUGCUGGGCUAUCGUUACGUGGCAGUUAGCUGGGGCGUGGUGGUGGCCGUGACAGGCACUGUGGGCAACGUGCUGACCCUGCUGGCCUUGGCCAUCCAGCCCAAGCUCCGUACCCGCUUCAACCUGCUCAUCGCCAACCUCACAGUGGCCGAUCUGCUCUACUGCACCCUUCUCCAGCCCUUCUCUGUGGACACCUACCUCCACCUGCACUGGCGCACUGGUGCCACCUUCUGCAGGGUCUUUGGGCUCCUCCUUUUUGCAUCCAACUCUGUCUCCAUCCUCACCCUCUGCCUCAUCGCCCUGGGACGCUACCUCCUCAUUGCCCACCCGAAGCUCUUUCCCCAUAUUUUCAGUGCCAAGGGCAUCGUGCUUGCACUGGUGAGCACCUGGGCGGUGGGUGUGGCCAGCUUUGCUCCCCUCUGGCCAAUCUAUGUCUUGGUGCCCGUAGUCUGCACCUGCAGCUUUGAUCGCAUUCGAGGCCGGCCCUAUACCACCAUCCUCAUGGGCAUCUACUUUGUGGUUGGGCUCAGCAGUGUCGGCGUCUUCUAUUACCUCAUCCACCGCCAGGUGAAGGGAGCAGCACAGGCGCUGGAUCAGUACAAGCUGCGCCAGGCGAGCAUCCACUCCAACCACGUGGCUGGGACAGAUGAGGCCAUGCCGGGUCGUUUCCAGGAGCUGGACAGUGGGCUGGCAUCAGGAGGGCACAGCGAAGGGAUUUCAUCUGAGCCAGUCAGUGCCGCCACCACCCAGACCCUGGAAGGGGACUCAUCAGCAGUGGGGGACCAGAGCAACAGCAAGGCAGCUAAGCAAAUGGCAGAGAAAAGCCCUCCAGGAGAGCCUGCCAAAGCCAGGGCAACUAAAAGAGACCAGAGAGCUCAGGGCUCUCCGUCAGACUUUGGGAAGGUGACUCGGAUGUGUUUUGCUGUGUUCCUCUGCUUCUCCCUGAGCUACAUCCCUUUCCUGCUGCUCAACAUCCUGGACGCCAAGGUCCGGGCUCCCCGGGUUGUCCACAUGCUUGCUGCCAACCUCACCUGGCUCAAUGGUUGCAUCAACCCUGUGCUCUAUGCAGCCAUGAACCGCCAAUUCCGCCAAGCCUAUGGCUCCCUCCUAAAACGAGGGCCCCAGAGGUUUUGUAGGUUCCAUUAG